CAAGGCGUCUAGGAGGUUGCCUAGCAACCAUCUUAAAAAAAAACAGCCGACAGGUUUCCAGAUCCAUACAAAAAUUAAUUAGUCCACCUCAUUGCUCUUCGUUGUAGGUUUGUACCACUUCAUACAACAACAGCGCUGGACAUGUUUCAGGACGGGAGGAGGCUGAGAACGGAGGGCUUCACCGUGAAGGCCACCAUGAAGAACUCCGUGGUCGCGGGACCUCCGGCUGCGGGCGCUUUUCGGGAGCGCCCCUCCAGACCCACCACUUUCCGCAAGUUUUACGAGCGCGGGGAGUUUCCAAUGGCGCUGGAGCAUAACACCAAAGGCAACCACAUUGCAUGGAAGGUGGAGAUUGAGAAGCUGGACUACCACCACUACCUCCCUUUGUUCUUUGACGGCUUAUGUGAGACUGUUCAUCCGUACGAGUUCUUCGCCCGCCAGGGAGUCCAUGACAUGCUGGAGCACGGAGGCUCCAAGAUCCAGCCUGUCAUUCCCCAGCUCAUCAUUCCCAUCAAGAAUGCCCUGAACACCAGGAACCGUCAGGUGAUCUGCACCACCCUGAAGGUGCUGCAGCACCUGGUGAUGUCUGGAGACAUGGUGGGAGAAGCGCUGGUGCCCUACUACAGACAGAUCCUCCCCAUUCUCAACAUCUUCAAGAACAUGAACAGUGCUGUUGAAGUUUCCGCGUUGGUGACAGAUGCAUGGCUGCGAUUGGCCGCCCCGUCGCGCCCUGUGGGCCUGUUUCAUCCGUGUAUCACAUGACACACAUGUUCACACACUGACAUGUGAAGUCGGACGGCUUUGUGCAUGACUGCGCUAGUUAUAGUUGGCUGAUCUGGAAACCCACAGCGGGUUAGUUGUGGGUUUAGUACAACUCUAAUUGUGAAAAGACCUUAUGCAGCAGAGGUUUAAGAUCAUGCGAGUGUUACUGGUCCCCCACAGUAGGUUAUGCUCCACUUUGCUGCCAGAACACGGCACUGGUGCCUCUAAACUAAUGACGUUAAUUCAUUAGGAUUCUCAUUCACAAACAUUAGCUUCAUUUAAU